CACAUGCAUAAGCGUGGCGGCUCGGCAGUGCGCAUGCUCAGUCACACGUGUUUCCCUGCUACUGAUUAAAGCGGUGCUGCUGGAGGCCCGGGUCUUAGGUGCUGUGCGAGUCGUAGGACAUGUUCUCUUUCUCUCUCCGGCGCCUGGCUCAGCCACUGCAGAGAUGCUGCCAUGUUCGAGCCCAGCACACUCGACCAGCAUCCCAAGUUGGGAACCAGCCAUGGAAUGGACAAGAGAGUCUGGCAGACAACGACCCAGAAAUGUGGGACCUUGUACAAAAGGAGAAGGACAGGCAGUGUCGUGGACUGGAGAUGAUCGCUUCAGAGAAUUUUUGUAGCCGUGCAGCUCUGGAAGCCCUUGGCUCCUGUCUGAACAACAAGUAUUCUGAGGGCUAUCCUGGAAAAAGGUAUUAUGGAGGGGCUGAGGUUGUGGACCAAAUAGAGUUGUUGUGCCAGCAACGUGCUUUGGAUGCUUUCAGACUGGACCCAGAAAAAUGGGGAGUUAAUGUGCAGCCAUACUCUGGUUCCCCAGCAAACUUUGCAGCAUACACAGCCCUUCUGCAGCCACAUGAUCGUCUCAUGGGACUGGAUCUUCCUGAUGGAGGACACUUAACACACGGGUACAUGUCUGAUGUAAAACGUAUCUCGGCUACCUCUAUUUACUUUGAAUCCAUGCCUUACAAGCUUAAUCAAGCAACUGGGUUAAUUGACUAUGACCAACUGGUGGUGACCGCUCGUCUCUUUCGGCCCAAACUCAUCAUUGCCGGGACUAGUGCAUAUGCACGUCUAAUAGAUUAUGCCAGGAUGAGAAAGGUAUGUGAUGAGGUGAAGGCUUACCUUCUGGCUGAUAUGGCCCAUAUCAGUGGUCUGGUAGCAGCUGGUGUCAUCCCAACUCCUUUUGAUCAUGCUGACGUGGUCACGACAACAACACACAAGACUCUACGGGGGGCCAGAUCUGGACUUAUUUUUUACCGAAAAGGUGUCAAGUCCGUGGAUAAGAAAACUGGAAAAGAAAUCUUUUACAACUUGGAAGACAAAAUUAACUUUUCAGUUUUCCCUUCAAUCCAGGGAGGGCCACACAAUCAUGCGAUUGCGGCUGUGGCUGUAGCGUUAAAACAGGCUAGUUCUCCAAUGUUCCAUGAAUAUGCGCAGCAGGUCUUGAAAAAUGCCAAGUCAAUGGCCGCCUCUUUGCUUAAGAAGGGCUACACCCUUGUUUCAGGUGGAACGGAUAACCACCUUGUGCUAGUGGACCUGAGGCCCAAAGGUAUGGAUGGAGCACGAGCUGAGAGGGUGCUGGAGCUUGUAUCUAUAACGGCCAAUAAGAACACAUGCCCUGGAGAUAAGAGUGCUCUCACUCCCGGAGGCCUGCGACUAGGUGCCCCUGCACUUACAUCUCGCAACUUUAGCGAGGCCGACUUCGAGAAGGUGGUUGACUUUAUUGAUGAAGGCAUUCAGAUUGGGCUUGAUGUGAAGAGCAAAACAUCCAAACUCCAGGAUUUUAAGAACUUUCUCCUAGAGGACAAGGAGACAGUGGAGCGAAUUGCAAACCUCCGUCGGCGUGUAGAGAAGUUUGCACGUGCCUUCCCCAUGCCAGGAUUUGUUGAACGCUAGAAGCGGAUAGACUCUGGGGAGAAAGCUGCUCCUUUUUGCCCUAUGCAAUCUUUCUCUUGUCCAUUCUCUUUAGUAUGCCUUUUCAUUAUUAAACACUCCUUCAUACUUUCUUACUUUCCUCCUUGCUAAUUGUGGUGCAGCAACUUCCAACAUGAUUUCUAAGACUUGCAAAGGACUGUGGAUUCUACUACUAGCAACAACAGUGAAGGUUUUGAUGACUGUAGACUCAAUAAAAGCAAUAACAUC